AUUAUUUGGGCAGGCAAAAAACACCUAACAAAUCAUAAGUGCUAGAGCUUCAACAUCAAAAAGGUUGUAAUAGCACCUGGCCUGUUAGUUGUGUGAUUGUCUAAGAAUUCUCAAAAAUCAACAUGGAGUUGAAGCAGAUCCAGAUUCCGGCCACUUCCACUUCUCCGGCGAAACACAAGAAAGCAACCAAAUUCGAUUCUUUCUCAGAAAAUCAACCUUCCAACCCUCUCCCACUGCUUGUCUACUUUACCAACUUCAUCUUCUUCACGGCAGUCUAUUACCUGCUCGUUAACUGGCGUGAGAAGAUCCGCCACUCCAAGCCUCUCCACGUACUCACACUCUCUGAGAUUGUGGCCCUCCUCGCUUUCGCCGCUUCCUUCGUUUACCUGCUGGGCUUCUUGGGCGUUGGCUCCGUUUUCGUCCAACAUCUUCAAGAACAGGAAUCCGAAGAAGUAGAAGAAAAACAGAUUUCUCUCAAGAAAAAAGAAAAUGAUGUUGUAGACAAUGACCAUGUCCUCACACCUCCGCCUAUCAAAUCUGAUCCAAUAAUAAUAUUAUCGGAAGAGGACGAGGAGAUAGUAAAAGGUGUUGUUGAAGGUCGGGUUCCGUCCUACUCCCUGGAAUCUAAGUUAGGGGAUUGCAAGAGGGCGGCAGCCAUUCGUCGGGAGGCGCUGGAGAGAAUAACAGGCAAGUCUCUAGACGGACUUCCCUUGGAGAAUUUUGACUAUGAAUCAAUUCUGGGUCAGUGUUGCGAGAUGCCAGUUGGGUACGUGCAGAUUCCGGUAGGUAUUGCCGGGCCUCUCUUGCUUGACGAUAAGGAGUACUCUGUUCCCAUGGCCACCACGGAGGGUUGCUUGGUGGCCAGCACCAACCGGGGUUGCAAAGCCAUCUAUGCCUCUGGAGGCGCAACCAGUGUGGUGUUAAAGGAUGGGAUGACUAGAGCUCCGGUGGUGAGAUUCUCCACUGCCCAAAGAGCCGCUCAGUUGAAGCUCUAUUUGGAGGACCCUUUAAGUUUCCACACCAUUGCUGCAGCUUUCAACAAAUCCAGUCGCUUUGCUCGCCUCCAGACCAUCAAAUGCGCUAUUGCCGGCAAGAAUCUGUACAUGAGAUUAACUUGUAGCACCGGCGAUGCCAUGGGGAUGAACAUGGUAUCCAAGGGCGUCCAGAACGUUUUGGAAUUCCUCCAAACUGACUUCCCCGACAUGGAUGUCAUCGGUAUCUCGGGAAACUUUUGCUCUGACAAGAAACCUGCGGCUGUCAACUGGAUCGAAGGCCGGGGUAAGUCUGUGGUCUGCGAGGCCAUAAUAAAGGAAGAAAUAGUCAACAAAGUACUCAAAACCGAUGUUGCGUCCUUAGUAGAGCUCAACAUGCUCAAGAAUCUCACAGGCUCCGCCAUGGCCGGUGCUCUCGGGGGAUUCAACGCCCACGCCGCCAACAUUGUGUCCGCCGUCUACAUCGCCACCGGACAAGACCCAGCACAAAACAUUGAAAGCUCGCACUGUAUAACCAUGAUGGAGGCGGUUAACGAUGGGAAAGACCUUCACAUCUCUGUAACCAUGCCGUCCAUUGAGGUAGGCACUGUGGGGGGUGGGACCCAGCUCGCUUCUCAGGCGGCAUGUUUGAAUCUUCUAGGAGUGAAGGGUGCUAGCAAGGAGGUUCCCGGAGCAAACUCAAGAAGGUUGGCCACCGUGGUUGCAGGAGCAGUAUUAGCCGGAGAGCUUUCUCUCAUGUCUGCAAUUGCUGCCGGUCAGCUUGUGAAGAGUCACAUGAAAUACAAUAGGUCUAACAAAGCUUAGAGUUAAUCAAGAUCAUUUCAGACUCACUACUUGGACAGAGUAAUGCACAGAGAAAGCAACAUCAUCCAUUAUUAAUGAUGUAUCUGAA